AGCGGGCGGGAGUGGGUGGGGGUAGUUGGGGGUGGGGGGAGGAGGAGUAGGAGGCGACGCGGCCAUGAGCGACUGUGGCGGCGGUGUCGGCAGCGGUGGUGUUGGACUGCGCUUCGGGCAGUCCCCUCGGCCCGGGAGGGCGAACGAGCGCCUGUGACGUCAUCGCGAGGACGCACGUGAGCAGCGACACCGACACCACACGAGGUACAACAAAGAAAGGCCUGUUGAGGGGGGCCGUUGAAGGGGGGGGGGGAGCUCAAGGGGGUAGGGGGGGCCACGUACACAUCGGAGCCGGCGUGACGCUGGCGACUCAACGGCGGCGCUCGCAGCACCCGCGGGAUUCCGCGGCAACGACAGACAUCCUCGGCGGCUGUAGGAGCAAGCGACCGGCGGAAAUCCGUGGCAGCAGGAGCGCCGCAGUGGACCUUCCUCGCCCGGUUGCGGCGGACGGGACCGAGGACACGAGCGUGGCACGACCUGCCUCGCAGUGAUAGAGCGCAGCUCCCGGGGUGACUCGACAGCUCGGCGAUUCCCGUAGCGAUACGGCCUUGCCGCGACCGUCGUCGGUUCCGCGACCCGCGCGGUUGACUCGGCGACCCCCGCGGUCGGCUCGGCCGUCGCUCCAGAGCGAGCGACGAUGCAGCAGAGCGACCUGGACGAGAAGCUGAAGCGCUCGCUGCUCAAGGCGGCGGCGGGCGGCGGCGACCCGAGCCAGGUGCUGGCGGUGGUGACGGCCGCCGACGUGGCGCUGCACCACCUGCAGCAGCAGCAACAGCAGCAGCAACAGCAGCAGCAGCACCACCAGCACCUGCAGCACGCUCACCAGCACGCACAGCAGCAGCAGCAGCAGCACACGGCGGCAGCGCUCAUGAGCAUGGCCGGCACGGGCGCGGCGGCGGCAGCGCAGGCCGUGUUCCUGCCAUCGCUGCUCGAGGUACGGCACGGCAGCAGCAGCUACGGCACGUGUCUCACCUCACACUUGCCCCUGCCGCUGCAGCUGCGCAAGGACGUGCUCCUGGGCGAGGGCGAGGCGCCGGUGUUCCGCACCGGCGUGAGCCGCGUCGCCGACGAGAUGCUGGCUGCGGCCGCCGCUGCCGCCGCCGCCGCCACCUCCCGCGACGUUGCCAUGUGCUUCACCGCCGCCCCUACGUCGACCACCAGCUCCUUGCUGGGCGACGACAGCAAGGGGGGCGACAAGUCCCGGGAGGACUCGGCCCGGCACCACCAGCAGCAGCAGCACCAGGGCGGCCACUCGCACCACCCGGUGGCGCAACUUGGCUCCCACCUCAACCCCGCUCACCUUCACCACCACCAGCAGCACCACCAGCAUCACCUGCAGCAGCAGCAACAGCAGCAGCAGCAACACCAUCACCAGCAGCAGCAGCACCAUCAGCAGCAGCAACAGCAUCAGCAGCAGCAGCAACAGCAGCAAGCCUCGCCGCAUCUGCCGCAUCACCACCACGUGCACCACCACCACCACGGCGACGGCGCGGUGCUGCACCACCCGGGUGCCGGCGGGAUGCACGGCCUGACGUACGCCACGAGCCGGGACCUGCGCGAGGCCUACGGAGACGCCUUCCCCUUCCUCGACAUGAAGCUUGCAAUAAAGCAGGAGGCCGAGGCUGUCCCAGGCUGUGGAGACGGAGAGCUUCGGCAGCAGCAGCAGCAGCAGAACUUUGAGCAGCAGCAGCAGUCGGUGCCGAAGAAGAAGAAGGCGAAGCGCAAGCCCAGCGCCGCUACCAAGACGCUGGGCCUGGAGGCGGACGGCACGGCAGUGCUCACGCACCCGCGCCCGUACGCGUGCGACCGCUGCAGCGCGGCCUUCCGCACCAACUACCACCUGCAGAGGCACUUGCAGUCGCACACCGGUGAGCACACGACGAUCGGCCUGGGUCCGUCUGGCACCUCCGCUCUUCCACUACCGAGCGAUGCGUCGUCAAAGACUCUGCCGUCAAUCAUCUGCAGCCUGCCCCCAUCACCAUUGGCCGUUCCCGAUCGCCCAUGCCUGCGCGCUUGUGAACGGCCGUACCAGUGUAGUACGUGUAGCAUGAGUUUUGUUCAAAAGUACCUGCUCCAAAGACACGAGAAGAUUCACAGUGGUAAAUCUGAGAGCGCUCACCCUCCACACCCCCUCCACACCCACUCCCGCUCGCCUGCCCCCUCUCCCUCCGCUGCCUCUCCCUCCCACGCCCGCCUCUCCUCCCGCGUAGUCGAAUUCACGCACGGCUGGCCGUGGGCGGACUGCGUGAGCCCCGUGUUCGCCUUCGCCCGCACCCCCGCUCCCCCCACCCCCCCACCAGCCACCCACACCAGGCAGCGUGGUUCUUCGUCCCAGGAGUAGUUCCGUAGUUCCGGCCCAGGGCCGCCACGAGGCGCCCCGCUGCGUACGGCACCGAGCGAUUUGUUUAUGCCCCGUCCUUGCGAGCGGCCUAGCCGUGCUAAUCGGGCACCGGAGGUGGGGUGGAGGGGGGGGGGGUGAUGGUUUCCGCUCGCUGCGUGUCUAGGUUUAGCGGAGGAGAGCCUGAGUUAUGGUAUGUUUUGGGGUAACGUUAAGUUGUUUUCCGUGUGCCGCCCCCCCCCCCAAAAGGCGUUUAAAUAAUUCUAGCCUUCGCCUUCCUCUUGCACUAACCAUAACACUGGCACGAACUUGAACCGUGAUCCUCAGCCUGACAGCGACCCUAGCUCUAGCAUUGCCCUAACCACCAACGCCGACACCAAUCCCUCAGCCUCGUCUCUAUUGCGGCGACUCCCAGUCCUAACUCUCUGCGUCUCUGGUCCGCGUCUUUAACCUGCGUGGUGGUGGCCCGGGCAUGGUUACUGCAAAGCGGUGGCGGUGGUUGCUGUGGUGGUGGUGAUGGUGGUGGUGGUGAUGGUGGUGGUGGUGAUGAGGCUUGACUGUGCUGGCUGGCUGUGCUGUGCCGUGCUGUGCUGUCCUGUGCCGAACACCAAAGGUGAAACAGCAGGAAGGUCAAACUGCGGAGUGAGUAAAAACGCCCAGAGGUGGUGCUGAGUGAGAGGUAGGGUUUUGCUUGGGGGGGAUAUCUAAGACUGCUUAGGAGGGAAGCCAUAAUCCAACAGUGGAUAGUUUAUUACAGAUGAGGAUAAUGGGUAAUGCCAGGGGUCCGGUUGGCUUGUGUGGUUACGGGUUGCCGCAAAGACAGUAUUUGGUU